AUUUUAUUUUGGUACCCUUAAUUGGUUUACAGUUAACAAGAUAUUGUCCUUGGCACCACGGCACCACCUUCGGAUCUCUGCAUACAAAAUACCACAAACGCUUUUUCUCUUGAAACCAAAUAUGCCACUGCAAAUGCGAACGCCAUGAGCCUCCACAUUCGUCACGUUCCACGCGCCACCAUGGCCUCAAGACACAUUCCCAAACGCUUCUUCCUCGCCACCCCGCUUCCGCAUCUUCGACGCUUCCGCCUCACCAGAAUGCAUUUCCACCACAAAGCGCCACCGCACCAACGCGCUUCUCUCUCGCUACCGCGAUUCUCCUCCUCUUCUUCAUCUUCUUCAUCAUCGUCGUCAUCUUCUUCUUCUUCUUCUUCUCCGUCUGGCAAGUCUCACAAGUUCGGGUUCGUGGGAUGGUAUAUGCGCAUGCUCCAAACUUAUCCUCUCGUCACCAAGAGCGUAACGUCGUCGCUUGUUUUCGCCGCUGCUGACUUCACUUCCCAGAUUAUUACAUUGCCCAGUUUUCCUGCUUCAUAUGAUUUAAUGAGGACGUCCCGAAUGGCAAUAUAUGGGUUGCUAAUAUUGGGGCCAGUACAGCAUAAGUGGUUUAAUUUUCUAUCCAAAAUUAUACCGAAGACAGAUGUGCUAUCAACCUUGAAGAAAAUUUUAUUGGGGCAAGCUAUAUUUGGUCCUAUCAUCAAUACUGUUUUCUUCUCUUAUAAUGGUGUUCUUCAAGGUGAAGGUGUGCCUGAAGUCAUUGCCAGAUUGAAGAGAGAUCUACUUCCUACACUAUUAGGCGGUGCUAUGUUUUGGCCUGUAUGUGAUUUUGUUACCUUCAGAUUCGUUCCAGUCCAGUUACAGCCACUGCUGAAUAGUGCCUGCGCCUAUGCAUGGACCAUAUAUUUAACAUACAUGGCAAACCAACCGAGUGUGAGCAAUACCUAGUGCGGCACAUUCAAACAAUUUUCCUUUGCUUAGCAAAUUUGUUUGUUGGCAGAGAUA